UGUCCUUGUAGAAGUACCUCCACAACAACACCCAACGAUGUUCUCCACAGCACCCUCAACUCCAGGAACUAUGACCACCCUCCCAGCAACAGCCAAGCCAAAAUUAGUUACCUUUCCUCUUGAGCUCAACCCUCCCAGAGUGGUGGUGAGAUAUGGAGACUCAGUCUCAGUCAACUGCAGCACAUCAUUCACAGACCAUGAGGGGAUGGGCUGGGAGGCCACAUUUGGAGGUACAGGUUUUGAACAAGAAGUCAAUGUUGUCACCUGGACUGUGGAUAACCUUAUUGAUUGGACAAUAGAACCUACAUGCUACAUCACUCUCAUUGACGGCGAACAACCCUCAGAAGUACUUCCAGUCAUUCUCUACAAGACUCCAGACAGCAUCUCCAUCUCUGUUCUGAGACACUCUGGUCCCAUGGUGGAGGGGACAGAGUACCAGCUGCAGUGUGACAUACAGAACAUCGCUCCUCUACAGAACCUGGUUGUGAAGUGGUACAAAGGGAAUGAACCCUUAGAUAAUGUAACUUACAGUAUCGUCAGUAAGACACCAGUGGAUGUGUCUGAUACUCUGAUGAUCAGCCCCAGUAGACAUGAUGAUGGAGCUCAGUAUAGAUGUAGAGCACAACUGGACCUGGGACCAGAGGGACCACAACCCCAUCCUACAGUGACAUCAGAACCUCUCAACAUUACUGUGCACUACACUCCUGAGUUCCUUCCAGGGAAUGACACAGUGGAGGUGAGUGCAGGCAGUGAUGUGUCUCUGGACUGCAGUGCUGAGGGGAACCCUCCUCCUGAGCUGAGGUGGACCAACAACACUGCAGAGGGAAAUGCCAAUGAGACCACUGUAGGGCGCCUGCGUACUCUCAAUAUCUCCAGAGUAACAGCUAAUGCAACUUACAACUGCACAGUCACAAAUAGACUGGGCUCCAUCACCAAGCAGAUACAUGUCCUUGUAGAAGUACCUCCACAACAACACCCAACGAUGUUCUCCACAGCACCCUCAACUCCAGGAACUAUGACCACCCUCCCAGCAACAGCCAAGCCAAAAUUAGUUACCUUUCCUCUUGAGCUCAACCCUCCCAGAGUGGUGGUGAGAUAUGGAGACUCAGUCUCAGUCAACUGCAGCACAUCAUUCACAGACCAUGAGGGGAUGGGCUGGGAGGCCACAUUUGGAGGUACAGGUUUUGAACAAGAAGUCAAUGUUGUCACCUGGACUGUGGAUAACCUUAUUGAUUGGACAAUAGAACCUACAUGCUACAUCACUCUCAUUGACGGCGAACAACCCUCAGAAGUACUUCCAGUCAUUCUCUACAAGACUCCAGACAGCAUCUCCAUCUCUGUUCUGAGACACUCUGGUCCCAUGGUGGAGGGGACAGAGUACCAGCUGCAGUGUGACAUACAGAACAUCGCUCCUCUACAGAACCUGGUUGUGAAGUGGUACAAAGGGAAUGAACCCUUAGAUAAUGUAACUUACAGUAUCGUCAGUAAGACACCAGUGGAUGUGUCUGAUACUCUGAUGAUCAGCCCCAGUAGACAUGAUGAUGGAGCUCAGUAUAGAUGUAGAGCACAACUGGACCUGGGACCAGAGGGACCACAACCCCAUCCUACAGUGACAUCAGAACCUCUCAACAUUACUGUGCACUACACUCCUGAGUUCCUUCCAGGGAAUGACACAGUGGAGGUGAGUGCAGGCAGUGAUGUGUCUCUGGACUGCAGUGCUGAGGGGAACCCUCCUCCUGAGCUGAGGUGGACCAACAACACUGCAGAGGGAAAUGCCAAUGAGACCACUGUAGGGCGCCUGCGUACUCUCAAUAUCUCCAGAGUAACAGCUAAUGCAACUUACAACUGCACAGUCACAAAUAGACUGGGCUCCAUCACCAAGCAGAUACAUGUCCUUGUAGAAGUACCUCCACAACAACACCCAACGAUGUUCUCCACAGCACCCUCAACUCCAGGAACUAUGACCACCCUCCCAGCAACAGCCAAGCCAAAAUUAGUUACCUUUCCUCUUGAGCUCAACCCUCCCAGAGUGGUGGUGAGAUAUGGAGACUCAGUCUCAGUCAACUGCAGCACAUCAUUCACAGACCAUGAGGGGAUGGGCUGGGAGGCCACAUUUGGAGGUACAGGUUUUGAACAAGAAGUCAAUGUUGUCACCUGGACUGUGGAUAACCUUAUUGAUUGGACAAUAGAACCUACAUGCUACAUCACUCUCAUUGACGGCGAACAACCCUCAGAAGUACUUCCAGUCAUUCUCUACAAGACUCCAGACAGCAUCUCCAUCUCUGUUCUGAGACACUCUGGUCCCAUGGUGGAGGGGACAGAGUACCAGCUGCAGUGUGACAUACAGAACAUCGCUCCUCUACAGAACCUGGUUGUGAAGUGGUACAAAGGGAAUGAACCCUUAGAUAAUGUAACUUACAGUAUCGUCAGUAAGACACCAGUGGAUGUGUCUGAUACUCUGAUGAUCAGCCCCAGUAGACAUGAUGAUGGAGCUCAGUAUAGAUGUAGAGCACAACUGGACCUGGGACCAGAGGGACCACAACCCCAUCCUACAGUGACAUCAGAACCUCUCAACAUUACUGUGCACUACACUCCUGAGUUCCUUCCAGGGAAUGACACAGUGGAGGUGAGUGCAGGCAGUGAUGUGUCUCUGGACUGCAGUGCUGAGGGGAACCCUCCUCCUGAGCUGAGGUGGACCAACAACACUGCAGAGGGAAAUGCCAAUGAGACCACUGUAGGGCGCCUGCGUACUCUCAAUAUCUCCAGAGUAACAGCUAAUGCAACUUACAACUGCACAGUCACAAAUAGACUGGGCUCCAUCACCAAGCAGAUACAUGUCCUUGUAGAAGUACCUCCACAACAACACCCAACGAUGUUCUCCACAGCACCCUCAACUCCAGGAACUAUGACCACCCUCCCAGCAACAGCCAAGCCAAAAUUAGUUACCUUUCCUCUUGAGCUCAACCCUCCCAGAGUGGUGGUGAGAUAUGGAGACUCAGUCUCAGUCAACUGCAGCACAUCAUUCACAGACCAUGAGGGGAUGGGCUGGGAGGCCACAUUUGGAGGUACAGGUUUUGAACAAGAAGUCAAUGUUGUCACCUGGACUGUGGAUAACCUUAUUGAUUGGACAAUAGAACCUACAUGCUACAUCACUCUCAUUGACGGCGAACAACCCUCAGAAGUACUUCCAGUCAUUCUCUACAAGACUCCAGACAGCAUCUCCAUCUCUGUUCUGAGACACUCUGGUCCCAUGGUGGAGGGGACAGAGUACCAGCUGCAGUGUGACAUACAGAACAUCGCUCCUCUACAGAACCUGGUUGUGAAGUGGUACAAAGGGAAUGAACCCUUAGAUAAUGUAACUUACAGUAUCGUCAGUAAGACACCAGUGGAUGUGUCUGAUACUCUGAUGAUCAGCCCCAGUAGACAUGAUGAUGGAGCUCAGUAUAGAUGUAGAGCACAACUGGACCUGGGACCAGAGGGACCACAACCCCAUCCUACAGUGACAUCAGAACCUCUCAACAUUACUGUGCACUACGCUCCUGAGUUCCUUCCAGGGAAUGACACAGUGGAGGUGAGUGCAGGCAGUGAUGUGUCUCUGGACUGCAGUGCUGAGGGGAACCCUCCUCCUGAGCUGAGGUGGACCAACAACACUGCAGAGGGAAAUGCCAAUGAGACCACUGUAGGGCGCCUGCGUACUCUCAAUAUCUCCAGAGUAACAGCUAAUGCAACUUACAACUGCACAGUCACAAAUAGACUGGGCUCCAUCACCAAGCAGAUACAUGUCCUUGUAGAAGUACCUCCACAACAACACCCAACGAUGUUCUCCACAGCACCCUCAACUCCAGGAACUAUGACCACCCUCCCAGCAACAGCCAAGCCAAAAUUAGUUACCUUUCCUCUUGAGCUCAACCCUCCCAGAGUGGUGGUGAGAUAUGGAGACUCAGUCUCAGUCAACUGCAGCACAUCAUUCACAGACCAUGAGGGGAUGGGCUGGGAGGCCACAUUUGGAGGUACAGGUUUUGAACAAGAAGUCAAUGUUGUCACCUGGACUGUGGAUAACCUUAUUGAUUGGACAAUAGAACCUACAUGCUACAUCACUCUCAUUGACGGCGAACAACCCUCAGAAGUACUUCCAGUCAUUCUCUACAAGACUCCAGACAGCAUCUCCAUCUCU